AAGACAACUAUACACACGCCUCGGUGUGUUUCAUCUCCCAUCAAAUUCCAUGACAAAAUUACAGUCUAAAACAUAUGAGAAAUAAAUGGAAUUGAUCGUGCAAGACAUGUAUUUAAUAUGUGAGUCGUUGGAUACCAUAAUCAUCUCUUUAAAUUAUUUCUCUUUUUGUUCCUGGUCUUUUCAGUUUCUGCACUGAACUGGAAAGAAAAAACCCCAUCACCCCAUGCUAUCAUGUCUCUCGGGCCAUCCAACAAAGCGAUUUCUUCUCUGCUUGCUUGAUCAAGAUUAGGAGUUUCUUGGUGACCUUUUGGAUUAGCAGUGGUGGCUUUGUCAGCAAUAUAAUAGUAGCGAUUAGAGAUUGUUAGACUAGCUUGGAAACAGACAGUGUGAAACUUCACAACCUAAACAUUUUCCAUGGUAAACCAGUCAAUGUCUUCUCGCAAACGAGCUCUCGAUUGUUCCCCUAUAAAACCUACGUUGAAGAAAAGGUCAACCUCUGAAGUACCAGAAGAUAGAACCCCCAAACGGGUUUCAUUUUCUGUUCAGACUUUCACACAACCAUCAAAACGCCAUCAUGAUGGAAUUGAAGUCUCGAUUAGACGGGAGUCAAACGAUUCAGUUGAUGAACGUCACAAUGGAACUGCUGUACAUUCUCUGGUAUUGGAAGCGUCAAUUAGUAUAACUAACAACACAGACAACAGAGAAAAAAGUUCAUCGUUGUCAUUUAUUAAGGCGUUGCCUAGUUAUUCGAGAGGUGUCAAAUCUCAAACUGAGUUUAAUCAUGACAGUACUGAGAGUACAGAAGGUGUCAAAUCUCAACGUGAAUUCAAUCAUGACCGUACCAAGAGUGCAGAAGGUGUUAAAUCUCGAACCCAGUUCAAUCAUGACGGUUAUAAGAGUACUAAAGGCAGGCUGCAAAGUGUUUUGCCUACUCUGUGCCACCAGAAUGGUCCUGUGAAAGACAUUAUAUGGAGGGGCAUAGUGGAGGUCAUUGACUGUGGUAAAAUAAGGAUGUCUGAAGAAAUGAUUGCUCAUUUAUCUGCCAAAGUUUCCCGGAAAGCUUUUGAAUUUUCAAAGAAGAUCAAGUCAAAGCUGCAAUUUAAGUUGUUUCCUCGCAGUGAUUUGUAUCCAAAAAUCUUUCAGGAUUCAUGCCCUGACAGGGAUGACAUUGCUCUGUAUUUUUAUCCAACCAAAGAUGAGAGGUCAAGAAAGAAAUAUUCUCAACUGGUAAAGGACAUGGAACUAAAGGAUUUAAUGAUGCGGUCCCAAGUAGAUGGUAGAGAGUUGCUUGUGUAUCCGUCUACAAUUCUGACAACAGAUUCACAGAAGCUGAAAGAUAGUUACUUCAUGUGGGGCGUCUUUGGUCGUGAAAUGUAUGAAGUUGAUUUCUUGUAGCCGGCAAGGUACAUUAAAGUUACAGAAGACAUGCAGGGAGAUUCUUAUAGUCGUUGAUGUUCAUGAGUAGUGUGAGGCUGACAUGGAUUAACCUCUCUAGCUUAGGUAGUGUACCUGAUAUGUUGCUUGGUGGAGAUCUUAUGAAAGAAACUAAGAUGAUCUGUUAUAAUUUAUAGCAUUAAAAAAGUCCCAUUUAUGCUGUAAUGGUUUUGAAAGUUGCUUGUAUUUGUGGAAUUUCUUUUAUCUCCGGCAAAUUAAGCCAAAUGUACUUGGGAGUUGGGUCAUCUCAUUAGCAGGUGCCCAAGGUCCUUGUUUUUAUGACUGAAUUUUAACAAAUACAAUGACAUUCAACUAUAUCAAGUUUUA